UUUGAACUAUUGAUGUAAUUUGGAUUAUUGUUGUAUUAUGUGAUGUUGUAUUAUGUGAUGUUGAAAACAUUCAUAUUUUAGCGAGUAUUUGUGCCAUAUUUGCAUUUUAUGUCCAAUAUCACACAUAUGAGUUGAAAUGCUGAAAAUAUUGUUUUAAGGUCCGUUUUAUUUUGUUGUAUCUGCUCGACUGCAGCCUGUGCGAGACCUUAAAAUGCGUUUACCGCGCCCUUUAUGCUUUAGAGGCCGCGGAUAUAAGGGGUCUGCUAGAGAUGCUCUUACAUGCCUCCUAGUGGGGUCUCCUAUUUGACGUGUGACGCGAAUGAGAACGAUCGUCGGAAGCCACUAUGGGCUAUGGCCCACCAUCUUGGUUGCCCUUCUUCUUCUUACCACCUUCAUCCUGGCUCCUUCUUCGUCGAUCUCCACAUCAACAAUCCCGCCACCGGUCGUGACUGCCUACCUCUGCCACCCGCAUCGCCUCGGCGUCCAUCCGCGGCCUCCACUGGUCCACCACCACCCCACCCUUUAACCCCCUCCCGGACACUCACCUUCUUUUUUGGCGCCGGCCACCCCACCUGCAUAGCGUCGGAACACUAAACCCCUGCGCCGCGACGGUGAGAGGAACGCCUCGUCUCAGCCUUCUCCGAAGGUCGUCGCCCAACUGUUGCACCUCGCCUUCCUCCCCUCCAGUCGUCUUUCUACUCUAUGGUAGCCAUCUGAGGUUAACGGGUCAGGCCCACACACCCACACCCCUACGCGCCGCGACGCCAACCUUCGUGUGAAGCGUCAAAUAGGAUUUGCCUUCCUAGGCCGAAUAAGGGGAGCCACCUAGCAUCAAAUAGUGGCCCUAAGUAUUUCUAGAUGGGUCACAUUUGUGUAGCCAUUAACAACUAUUUACUUUUUUAUUUAAAUAUAAAUCUAAAAUAUAUGUUUUACUAAUAUUAUAAUGUUUUUAAUAAAUAUAAAGAAAACAUGUGUUGUGUUGGAAAUAGGAAGUGCUCGUUAAUGUCACAAUAAAUGUUGUAUAUUCAAAAGUAAAUCUUAUUUUACUUUAUAAAAUUUGUAUUUAUAUGUGAAAACAAAUGUUCUCAACUGAGGCAUUGUAUCCCACCAAAGUUUUGGACACGACAACAUAUCCUUUAUCUUGGUUUUCACUUGACUUCUCUUCACUUAUGCAGUUUUGUUAGAAUCUUGAUUGUUUUUCUGUUUGAUUAGGAUUGUUUUAUAGAACAUAGACAAUAAGAUAAGAAUGUAAAUUUUGGUUGAAAUUUUGUAAUAUCACAUUUGCUCCCCUCCUGUGGAUAGCCUCAGUACUUUCACUAUUAGAGGCAAAUGACAAUAAUAACAACAACAACAAAGCCUUUAUUCCCAAACAAGUUGGGGUAGGCUAGAGGUGAAACCCAUAAGAUCUCGUAACCAACUCAUGGAUCUGGCACAUGGAUAGCAAGCUUCCACGGGGCUCUUUCCAUGGCUAGUUCUUUGGUGAUACUCCAGUCAUUUAGAUCUCUCUUUACGGACUCCUCCCAUGUCAAGUUUGGUGUACCCCGUCCUCUCUUGACAUUAUCAGCACGCUUUAGCCGUUCACUAUGCACCGGAGCUUAUGGAGGCCUGCGCUGAAUAUGGCCAAACCAUAUUAGAGGCAAAUGACAAUAAUAACACACAUAAUUUAAUACUUAUUAUAAAAAAUAGAAUAUUUUUUAUUCAUACACAAAUUAGUGCAACAAUUAACAUGAAACCCAUAAAUUUCAAAUUUGGGCCAAAUAAGGUAACAAACUCAAAUAUAUAAGACAAAACCGAAUGAAGUGAUGCUAGAUGUCCAAGAAAUGUUACCGAUUAGUCCAUGAUGGAUCAAAUGGGUAUUUUAAUAAUGAAAAGGGUGGGAAUUAUGUAAUGUACUCUACCACAUUAAAUGAGGAAAUCUUAUAUUGUAGCGAUUGUUGGGUACUAAUUUAAUACCCGAUCUUCGGUAUUCCCCAUCUCUUUCUUGGUGUCUUCCUUAUUGGUCGUCGGCCAUCAGAGAGCUUCGUCAACCCAUCAAUCUCAAUGGAAUCAUUCCCUGUGCCGUCGCUCCCCGAGGAACUUUUAGCGGAGAUCUUCCUGCGUGCGCCUUCCCUUGAAGACCUUGCACGGAUCUCCAUGGCAAACAACUACUGUCACGACAUCAUCAGCGACCCCUACUUUGUUCGGUGUGUUCCUUUGCAUCGCUACCCUUCCUUCUUCCUUGGCUUCUUCACUAGGGAUGGCUUCAAACCUGUGCAGCCACCUCACCCAUCUGCUUCCAUCUCCAAUUUGCUACUCACCGCUUCAGAUUUAUCCUUCUCGUUCCUUCCGUUCCCUGGUAGCUGGAUUGUCCAAGACAUUUGUGACGGUCGUGCCCUACUAAGUCGUAGCCAUGGAAGCAAGGGAGACCAAGAGAGCAUCUUCAUGCACCUUGCGGUAUGCGACCCUCUGUCCCGUCGCUAUGUUCUACUCCCUCCACUACCUGAUGAUCUAUACACCUAUGUCCAAGACUUGUGCCACAAUGGAUUCAAUUACAGAUGUGAAACUUUCCUUGUUCCUCGCGGUGAAUGUGUGGUAGCGGAGACUUCAUUCAAAGUGAUAUGGAUGGCACGUGGUCAUAAGAAGCUACUUGUCCUAAUCUUCUCUUCUGUUGUUGGAAAGUGGCAUGCCGUUACAUCUCUAGACGGUCAAUGCAUUGGUAAAGUCAUCUCAUUCAGUCGUCGUGUGCACUCUCGUCGUAGUUAUGCAUAUGGUUGUUUCUACUGGAAGAUGGGUGAGGCACGGAAGGUUCUUGCUCUUGACACAAGGAAGAUGGAGUUCUUUUUUUCCAACAGUCCACUUGGCUAUCUUGAGUAUGAUUGUGCCGUUGUAGAGGCAGGAGAAGGUAGACUUGGGAUAUUUGCUCUCUUUCAUCACAUGACAGGUACAAGACUUCACCUCUAUUGCACAACUAAGAAAAAGGAAGCUUGGAGCACCGAUGAGUGGUGCUUGGAGAAGACAAUACAGUUGCCACCCACUGCGCAUGACUACCGCAUCAUGUGUGCAACUAAUGGGUACUUGUUCAUGCAAUACACUCAAGGCUCCUCGUACCCCAGUUCAAAAUAUGGAUAUAUUUUGAUGGGUGUGAAGACUUUUCUCUUUGAGAGAUUCUAUGAAACAAAUCGCCCUUCUUCGUUUCCUACUCCAUAUUUUGGUUUCCCACCAUCAUUGUCACCACCAAGUAUAUGAAAUGAAUUGUUUCGCUGUGAUGCUCGGAGCUUGGAUAUCUAGCAUCAAGCUGUAGUGGGUGAUGAGGCUGGCCAUGGUAUCAUGCUAGUGCUGGAAAAUCUGCGCAGGACGAUCCUAAGCAUGAGUAUUGCUACCAGGCAAUGAGUGCCAUUUAAUUUUUUACUUCAUUAGUCAAACUUUGGUUGUGUCAUUUCAAUGCUUCUGUUAGUGUGAUAGAAGCAAAUGGCAAUGAGUGCCAUUUAAUUUUUACUUCAUUAAGUCAAACUCUGGUUGUGUCAUUUCAAUGCUUCUGUUAGUGUGAUAGAAGCAAAGACAUCUUGUAAGAGAAAAUGUCCGUGUAAGGUUGGAAUGCUCCUGUGACGCAACAUCAGUCCUUGGAUAUUUAGAUAUUUUUAUUUUGGAGUUCUAAUGGGCUUGCAGCCAAGCUGAGUCUCUGAAUUAUUCA